AUGGCCGAGAUGGAGGAGUGCAGCCUGGACAACUUCGCCAAGAGAGACAAGAAGGAGCAGAGCAGCCGGGAGGCCAGUGCUGCAGGUGCCGCCAAGGCCAAGGCUGUGACGAAGGAUGAAGAUGAAUGGAAAGAAUUUGAACAAAAAGAGGUUGAUGACAGUGGCCUUCGAGUUCAGGCAAUGCAAAUAAGUAAAAAGGAAGAUGAUACUGAAAAGAGGGAAGAUGAUAACUGGGAAGAAGGUGGAGGUAGCGGUGGUGGCAGAGAAAAAUCUGCAGGUCCCUGCAACAAAACAGCUCCCGUACAAGCAGCUCCCGCUCCAGUAGUUUUUACAGAAACUCCAGAACCAAUGAUAUCUAGUGGUAUAUAUAGGCCACCUGGAGCCAGGCUAACCACAACCAGGAAAACGCCACAGGGACCACCAGAGAUCUACAGUGACACACAGUUUCCAUCCCUGCAGUCCACUGCUAAGCAUGUAGAAAGCUGGAAAUACUGAGCCUCCAUCAGGGUUGACCACCUCAGAUUUGCUGCUAUCAUUGUGGACUUCCUGUGAAUCCUAGCUUCUGGAUAAGAAGGUUACAGCUAUUGGGUGUUGAUGCGAACAUUGAAACUAGCCCUGCUGGGUUCCCAUCAGAAACCCUACAGAAAGUCAGCAGCCUGGGUUCUGAUCUGCUGUAAAAGAUGAAGAUUUAAGUGACCUUAACUGACCUGUCCUGUGCCCCACCCAUAAGAAAUACUUUGCAGUAGGCUGUGGCCACAUACGACUUCCUGGAACAUACUGCUUUCAAAAGACCUGCUUGUUCCUAUCA